AUGAUAAAACAGCUGUUCAUGACGUGUUUUGCAGUUAAAUAGAAUAAAAUAAAAUCGAACAAUAAAAAGAACUGCGAUUCGUUUGCGAAUGUUUGUCAUUUAAGUUCAAAAUGAACAGGCAACUGGGACCAUUGUGGAUUAUAAUUUUACUUGCAUUUCAAACAUCCGCUUUGGACAAAACAGAUGCCACGGGUCAGAUUAUUGUACAGCCAGAAGCAGCGGAAAUAGUGGAAAAUAAGACACAAAUUGAAAAUGCAACAAAUAUAAAUAAUAUUAGCAAUGUCACAGCUAGAAUUGAAAGCAAUACAAGCGUCAAUGCAACGCCAAUUGCUGUCGUUCCACAGGAGAGUGUAAAUACGACAAAGAAUGCAACCACGACUGUUACGGAGCCAUCGUUAAUUGAUCCACAUGCUGUAGAACAGGAGCACAAUUCAUCGUUGUCACUCUUCUUUGUGAUCUGUGUAAUUAUGCUGGGCAUUCUCUUGAUCCAUUCCAUGCUGCAAACUGGCUUCCAGUAUUUGCCCGAGUCCAUUGUGGUGGUGUUCCUUGGCGCAUUCAUUGGCCUCUCUCUGAAUGUGAUGUCCGGCGAGAAUGGCAGCUGGAAGCGUGAGGAGGUCUUCUCACCGAUGGGCUUUUUUCUUGUUCUGCUGCCGCCUAUCAUCUUUGAGUCGGGAUAUAAUCUGCACAAGGGUAACUUCUUCCAGAACAUUGGCUCCAUCCUGGUCUUUGCGAUUUUCGGCACAACCAUUUCUGCUUUGGUAAUCGGAGCAGGCAUUUACCUGUUGGGCAUGGCUGAGGUGGCAUAUAGGUUAAACUUUUCGGAAUCAUUUGCCUUUGGCUCACUCAUCUCGGCCGUGGAUCCUGUGGCAACUGUGGCCAUCUUUCAUGCUCUCGAUGUCGAUCCAAUUUUGAACAUGUUGGUUUUUGGCGAAAGCAUCCUCAACGAUGCCGUCUCAAUUGUGUUGACGGCAUCGAUUACCAUUAAUGCUAAUGCGGAUGCAGGCACCGGCGAGGCCAUGAUGAGCGCCUUGAAAACAUUCUGCGAGAUGUUCUUUGCCUCGGCUGGCAUUGGCGUAAUAUUUGCCUUGAUAUCAGCAUUGCUGCUCAAGCACAUCGAUCUGCGGAAGCAUCCCUCUCUGGAGUUUGGCAUAAUGCUGAUGUUUACCUAUGCACCAUAUGUUCUGGCAGAGGGCAUCCACUUGAGUGGUAUCAUGGCGAUACUCUUCUGUGGCAUUGUCAUGUCGCAUUAUACUCAUUUCAAUCUGUCGACUGUGACACAGAUCACCAUGCAGCAGACGAUGCGCACAUUGGCCUUUAUUGCGGAGACCUGUGUAUUUGCCUACCUGGGAUUGGCAAUUUUCUCGUUCAACCAUCAGGUGGAAUUGUCUUUCGUCAUUUGGUCCAUUGUACUCUGCCUGAUUGGACGUGCGUGUAACAUUUUUCCACUCGCUUAUGUGGUAAAUAAGUUUCGUGAGCACAAAAUCAACAACAAGAUGCAGUUCAUCAUGUGGUUUUCCGGCUUGCGCGGUGCUAUUUCAUAUGCACUCUCCCUCCACUUGCAUCUGGAUAGCCAGGAGAAACGACAUGUCAUCAUUACGACCACGCUAAUCAUUGUUCUGUUCACAACCCUCGUUUUGGGUGGCUCAACUAUGCCACUUUUGAAAUAUCUGAAACCAGGAAAAAAGCGUCGAACACGUGGAUCUUCAAGAGCCUCCAAUGGCAGCUCGCUCGCUCAUACGACCCGUAAACGCAGCAAGUCCAUAUCGCUAUCGAAGACUCGCGAAUGGGGACAGGCCAUCGAUUCCGAGCACUUGUCAGAACUGACGGAGGAGGAGGAUGUCUCCUUUACCCAGGCACGCGAUCGUUUCGGUCGCUUGGAUCGCAAGUAUUUCAUUCCAUUCUUCACACGUCGCUUCAACAGCCAGGAGCUGCACGAAUGCAAAUCCCAAAUGGCCGAUUUGACCAACAAAUGGUAUCAGGCCAUACGUAUUAGUCCUUUGGAUUCGGAUGAGUCGGAUGAUGAAAUUGGACUCUCAGCCACAACAAGUCAAACGAAUCUGGCGCGGUCGUAGGUCGAGCCUAGUCUAUUAUUUAGUUUAUAUUUGUAAUGCGGCGGCGAAGGGGAUACUAAUCAAAUUUUUUUCCCUCUUUUAUCGCUGCAAUCUAUUUAUGAUAUAUAUUAUAAUGUGUACAUUAUUUCCUUUGUGAUUUGGUGGUGGUCGUAAUUAUGUCAUACUUAUUUGUAAUACAGCUUGUUAGAUAAUUUUUGAAUUCGAAAAGGGAUUUUCUAGUUUAUGGUUGUUGCUUGUUGACGUUUGCGUUUCAAGCAAUAUUUAAUUUAAUACUAAUUAGUGUUAAAAGUAUUAGAUUGUGCCAUUUCUAAAUAGUAUAUUGGCCUAAGAAGGUAUGAGACAGUGGAGGCUAUAUAAAAAUCAGGUAUCUUCGUUUUCUGACUUCUAAUAUUGUUGUACACUUAAAAAUGUUAUGUGAAUACCUUACGAAAACCAAAAAUAUUUGUAUUUUAUGCGAAAAAAAUUGUGAUAUAAUAAAUUGAAUACAAAUUCGAUGCUAUUUUCUGUAAUCAUUUGCUGUAAGUCUCAAUCACGACAAAGUUAUUAUAAUAUCUGCAGGGGUAUACAAAUAUGAGCUCCUAAAAUAUAGUUACAUAAGAUUCAAAAUCAACAAAGUCAAAGACAUUCAGGGCAGUUUCCUCUUCGAGAUUAAAUAAUAAAAAAUAAAAUUUU